AUGGACUCCCACUCCCAAUCACCCUCAACUGGUGCCAGAACACCGUCCUUACGCAUCCCGUCUAUGCCCAGCGCGGCCACCCAUCACCGCCAGAGUUUCAACGAACUACGAGGUCAUCCUCCUUCUCCUCGAUCGCAAAGACAACCCUCCCUAUCCCAUCUCGCCGUCCAAGAUCUGAUUGACAACCCACCCAUGCGGAAUCCAGACCCUCGCUUUGCGGGGAGGAAUUGGACUGAGGUCAAAGUCAAAGAGCUCGUCAACCCGGACGAUCUGAGAUUUGUGGACAAUGACACCCCAAUAGAGUCGGCCACAGAUUCAGGUGCCCCAGUGGUGCUCAUCCGCGAAAAACCAGGCUCCCCUGUCAUCGGCACGUUUGACCACCGCGACCUCAAUGCCUACCUAUUGCUAGUAAUAGGGCUUUCGCACCCCGAUGACAAUGAACAUGCAGAAGACUUCAUGGAACUGGCGCAGCGCGCGAGGGAAGGUAAACGCGUACACUUGCGCGAGAUCCAGGACCUGAGCAAAAAAGAGCCUUUGACGUUCCUUGACGAGAACGCCGAUCUACUCAAGGCUAUUGAGACAUUCGGGAGAGGGGUGCAUCGAGUCGUGGUAAUCGACGAGACUACAAAAGAAGCAACAGGCGUGCUCAGCCAGAGCCGUCUGGUCAGAUUCUUGUGGGAAAAUGGCCGGAGUUUUCCUAUGUUGGAUCAACUAUACCUGCAAAAUCUCCGCGAUUUGAGAAUAGGAUCCAAGGAUGUGAUUGCUAUCAAUGGUGACCGCCCUCUUUUCGAGGCCUUGACGCUUCUGCUCAACGAGGGCGUCUCUUCUCUCGCCGUCGUCGACCACAACUUCAACGUAAUUGGAAACAUCUCCAAUGUCGACGUCAAACUCCUCACCAAGUCUACGUCUUUGCCACUCCUCCGCAACACAUGUAUCCAUUUCAUCACCGUCAUUCUCUCCACACGCGGAAUGUAUGAAGGGAAAGACUCCUUCCCCGUCUUCCACGUCACUCCGCUUUCGACACUGGCGCACACAGUUGCAAAGCUGGUCGCAACGAAGUCCCACAGAAUGUGGAUAACCGAACCCAUCUCUCCCAGCUCCUCUGGUCCACCGACACCACUGCUGCAUAGUGCAACACUGGCUCCGACGUCAAGUCACUCCUCCAACCUCUCACUAAACAGCGGAGGAAGUCACCACAUCACGCCCCCGGUUGCGGUGCCCACUCCCUCAUCCGACCCAUUUUCAACAUCUGCGGGGGCCGUCGUUGAUAGCUCUCCCAAACCGCCAUUCAUCUCUCCUACGGGACCCUCAAUCUCGGCGUCUUCGCUUCCAGGAGCGCGCAUCUCUGGUCGCCUUGUGGGCGUGGUAUCCCUCACCGACAUCCUGAUCCUGUUCGCUCGUGCAGGUGGCGUCGCGGACGUCGCGGAUCCAAAUGAGAUCAGAAUGCGACGGAGAAGAAGCAGCUCAAGUAGUGUCAGGAGAAGUUUUGACCUGGGGCAGCGGCCAAGUGUCAGUAGUAAUGGCGGAAGCGGGCUCCGACCCAGCGGAGAGUUGAGCCGAAAGAGCAGCACGACGGGGAAUCGUUGA